CAGCGAUAGAUGUAGAUGGAUGGAGCAUCGCGCAAUCCGGCUGCUAUAUAAGCCGUGCUUCGCUUGGAGUGGAUCAUCAGUUGGCUUCCUCUUCUGCUACGUGAAGUUCCACAGUUUUCAACCCCCAAGCAAGAAACUUCCAGCAAUGAAGAUCUUUGUGUGUAUCCUGGCUGCUUUGGUUGCCACCUCGUCGGCUGGCUUCAUCGGCGGAUCCGGCGGUGGUGGUGGCGGUGGCUACAGCUAUGGAAUCGGUUCGGGAGGAGGUGGUGGUGGCCACCAGGAGGUGAAGACCAUCCAGGUGAUCCACCAGGAGGGCGGCGGCUACUCUGGCGGCGGCCAUGGCUACUCCGGUGGCCAUGGAGGCUACUCUGGCGGUGGUCACCAGGAGGUCAAGACUGUGAAGGUCAUCCACCAGGAAGGCGGUGGCUAUUCCGGCGGUCAUGGUGGCUACUCUGGCGGUGGCCACCAGGAGGUCAAGACCGUAAAGGUCAUCCAUGAGGAGGGCCAUGCUCACGGUCACGGACAUGGACAUGGUGGCCACGAGGAGGUCAAGACCGUAAAGGUCAUCCAUGAGGAGGGACAUGCUCACGGUCACGGACAUGGACAUGGCGGCCACGAGGAGGUCAAGCUGAUCAAGGUCAUCCACGAGGAGGGCGGUCACGGUCACGGUCACGGACACGGACAUGACGGUGGUUACUCCCAUGGCGGAUUUUCCGGCGGUCAUCAGGAGGUUAAGACUGUGAAAGUGAUCCACCAGGAGGCCGGCGGUCAUGGAGGCUACUCCGGUGGCUACUCCGGCGGUCACCAGGAGGUCAAGACGGUGAAGGUCAUCCAUGAGGAGGGACACGGUCUGGGCGGCGGCGGCGGCUUCUCCGGUCAUGGACAUGGACAUGGUGGCCACCAGGAGGUCAAGGUCGUUAAGGUCAUCCACGAGGAGGGCGGUCACAGCCACGGCGGUCAUGAUCACGGCCAUGGUCACGGAUUCGAGGAGGUCAAGACCAUCAAGGUCAUUCACGAGGAGGGUGGUCACGGCCACGCCCACGCCCAUGGACCCGCCCACGUCAUUAGCAACGAGUACCUGCCCCCCGUUUCCGCUCCCGCCCCCGGAUAUCUGCCACCCUCCAGCUGGAAGUGAUUCCAUACCAUCUCAUACCAUUCGAUCCCAUUCGAUUCGAGCCAUACUGAUCCUUGAGUCUCGUUAAGUAGUUCUAAGCCUUCUUUUUUUUCCUACCCAUAUUUUUUUUACUGUUGUACCCAUCUUACCUCACUUGUUGAACAAAUAUACCAUCUGUAAAUUAUACAA